AUGUCUGACGUCGAAGACUACGCCUACUGGCCCUAUGACGACCUCGAAGAUGUUUUAUAUGACGCCGAUCCGGACCCAGAGUUAGCGGACGACUUAGCCAGCCAUGCAAUACACAGUCCCAUUUACCACGAAGAAGACGCCGUCAAGGACGAGUUGCAGGAAUACUUUAGCGACUGGGAAUAUUACUCGGAUGACUACGUGGAUGAUGACCCAACACUAUUGAGAAAAGACCCUCAGGACGGUGGGCCGAUCCAGCGGUUCGCAAACAUCAAACGAGAACCGAAGCGUGGGAAGAAGAGGAAGCUGGUCGAAACACAGGACAUCCCUCCCUUUGAUCUGAACGAGGACCAAUUGUUGAUCCGCUGUAUCAAGGGUGUAGUAUGGGCCAAACCUUCCGAGCUAAGGACGCCGCAGUACGAAGGAGGCCAAGAAAACAAAGUCGCCUUGCUGAAGGACUGGAAAGAAGUGUUUGCGGUCACAGACAGUGGCUGGGGUAGGGCAUCAGAAAGGGCUCGGCAAGAUGAGUCUUGGGCUAAUGACUUGAGCCUCGCCGAUAUGGGUCUGCGGAAUGUACCCAGGCAAGCGUCUUUCAAGCAAGACGAUCAAGAAGAGGAAGCAGGUUUUGAAGAAGACGAUGCAGAAGACGACGGAGCAGAACACAGUCCAGUUGGAAUAGAGGAAGAUGUUCUGUCCGACAAGGAUUCGCCUGGACCAAGGUCUUCGAAGCUCCGCACUACCAUGCUCCUGGACGAGGAUGACAGAAGCAUAACUCAAGGCUUGCCUGCUGCGGAGGAUUUGGAGGACGAGCGAGGUCCCCGGAAAAGACGCCGAGUGAAGCCAGACCUCCCGUCCCCGCCAGAUUCGAAUGAAGCCGUUACACUCGACCUAGAGGAACCCCAAGCCAUGUCGAAUAUACAAGCUGCAGCACUCGCAAAGGAGGACUCGUUCGCAGGCGGCAGUGAUGAGACUGUCCAAGCCAAAGCGCCCAUAUCUGUCGGCCCUGACGUUCCGCAGAGCAGGAAGAGAAAGGCAGCCGAAGAGCCCGAGGAUGGUGUCACCAGAUCAACUGCGAGUAGUCGGGCGAAGAGAGUUGCGUCGUCCGUGUCAAAUGUCCCCACCAGCUCACGACCGAAACGAAGCACCAAGACAAGGUGA